AAAAUAGAAAGAUAGAGGAAAGCAGAGGUGAGCUCAGCCCACAGGGCCAUACUCGAAGUCGAACCAAAGACUUUCCCUAACAUUUCAUUCUCUUUUGAUUUUGCACCUCACUUCACUCUCUUCACUCUCUUCACUACAAAUCCACGCAGAAGUAUUCGAAGAAUUCGGCUAUGGAUUCCCAACUCCAACGCAGAAUUGAGGAAGCUGUCCGCGCAAUUCUCGAAUCUUCCGACAUGGACGAAAUGACCGAGUCCAAAAUUCGAGCCCUUGCCUCUAAGGACCUCCAUCUCGACCUCUCUAAAUCCCCUUACAAGUCUCUCGUUCGCACCGUUGUCGAAUCAUUUCUCCAAGAACGUUCUGAACAACACCCUGAAGACCAACCCGAGGAUGCCUCUGCUGCUAAGGAGAAGGAGUACGACGACGACGGCGAUCUCAUUGUUUGUUGGUUAUCAAGCAAGAGGAAGGUGACGAUUCAGGAUUUUAGAGGGAAGACUCUGGUUUCGAUUAGGGAGUUUUAUAGAAAGGAUGGGAAAGACCUCCCUACGGCUAAAGGAAUAAGCUUGACUGAAGAACAAUGGUCUGUCUUUAAGAAGAAUGUACCUGCCAUAGAAAAAGCUAUUAAGAAUAUGCAAUCACAAAUAAUGUGAAGUAAGCAGUCACCUGGUGGUUGAUUGGUUUGAAGCCAUGAUGCUGUGUAUCUAUGGAAGCCACGUUUAUCACAAUGAAAGGUGGUAGGGGUUUUAGUUUUGGAACUGCUGCAGUUUUUUGGUUGCAGAAUAUUUUGAUAUUUUGGUACUUCUGUUUUGAGCCUAGAUCGCCAACACAAAAAAAUUCAAGGUACCUGUGUAUUUUCAUGGCAUCAAGGUGGAUAACUAUGGUACAUAUUCUCGACCACCAGAGCUGAUAAUUAUGAAUGAUCUCUUAUCUAAUCUUUUGUUGCUAAAAAACGAAUGACAUGAAUUUAAAUGUGUGCGAUCUGAGCCAUGUCAUUGAAGGUUGAAUAUCUUUGAAAUUUUAUAUUGAACUGAUUCAAUUUUAGGAGACUGAUGUUAGGCUG